AUGAAAGCGGCUAAUAGUCGAGAUUCUGACAAGACGCAGACCAAUCAAAAUGUCCCGUUAUCCUUGCUCAUUACCGGACAAAAUUUCUCAUCCCAAUCAUUUUCAUCCUCCUCAAGAACAAGUUAUCCAAGUCAUGAUUACAAUGGUGAUGAAAAGGGAAGUCUAUCUUCUCGAGAAACAUUUGAAAAAAGUAUAAUUUUGCCUCCUAAUUCAAGGCCAGCCCCUAAGCCUGCUCCAGUUACGGUCAGCAUUUCAAUUAAGUUCUGGACAUGGUUCAGCCCUUAUCGACAGAUGUUAUUCCUUGUGAUCAUAUUUCAAGCCUGCUUGGUCCUGAUUAAUCUGUUGGGUGGAUGGCACUUUGUCAGAACCCAUUCUUCCGCGUUCGUCACCGGAAAUAUGUUGGUGGCUAUUGCGAUCCGAUCCGAAUGGGUGAUGCGAUUGAUUUACUGGAUCUCCAUCAAGUCGUUCAGGGGAUGGACUCCCUUGAAAUUUAGAGUUGCCGUUGUUGCAAUCUUGUAUCACAUUGGUGGUUUGCAUAGUGGAUGCGGCAUCUCUGCAAUGCUAUGGCUCAUUCUGUCUUGGGCUUAUCACAUCAUGAACAAAAAUCUUUACCAUUAUCUGGUCCUCGUGUCAUUGUUUCUCUCUAUGCUCGUUACUGUUGCAACCUGCUUUUUUGCAACACCACUGAUCAGAGGAUUGCACCACAACACCUUCGAGAUAACCCAUCGGUUUUUGGGAUGGCUGGGAAUAAUUACUGGUUUGAUUUUUGUCAUCGCUUCAAGUUGGUGGGACGUCAACACGCAAUCGUGGCGAGCAUCUGGAAGAUACUUAGUACGGCAAGAGGAGUUUUGGUUUAUGAUUGCCAUAAUACCCUUAGUCGUAGGCCAAUGGGUCACUGUCCGUAAUGUACCGGUGACAGUGCAGGCGCCUUCUAAUAAAGCUUCGGUAAUCCGAGUACCUGGUGGUUUGACGUCUGGUCUCCACACUCGAGUAUCCCGGGGUGGAUUAAGAGAAUGGCAUAUCUUUGGUGCAGUUAGUGAAGGAAAACAUGCGGAUUGUCAUUACAUCGUCAUGGCAGUUCAAGGGGGCUUUACACGAGCUAUGAAUGAAGAACAACCAGAAACUCUGUACACCAAAACAUGGAAGCCAUGCGGAUUGCCUUAUUUUUCUAGACUCUUCGACAGGGGAGUGGCGAUUUGUACGGGAUCGGGUAUCGGAGCUGUUGGAUCAACAUGUAUUCAGCACGAUAACUGGUUCCUCGUCUGGAUUGGAGCUGACUUAGAAAGGACUUAUGGGAUCGAAUUUAUGAAUUUUAUCAAGAGUAAGAUCCAGCCCGAGCGACUUUUGAUUUGGGAUACCAGAGGACCACUGGGAAGGCCAGAUGUCAACGUUGAAUUAGCAAGAGUUUACAAACAAUGGGGCGCUCAAGUUGCGCUGUUUAUUGGAAGUCCUGCUCUAAACAAAAGUGUCUUGAGGACAUCAAGAGCACGCGGAAUACCCGUUUUCGGCUCUAUUUGGGAUGCUUAA